AUGAUCAAGCCAAGUAUCUUCCUUGUUGGAGCCUCUCUAUCUCAGCUCUUUUUCAUUCUCAUUUCCCAGACCAGUGGAUACAUCGUUGACAGCGAUGUUAACAUCAAGGUCAGGCCCUUCCAUCGGAGUCCAAUCAAGCAAGCAGCUGCAGCAACUGCAUUGCAGUUGCCAUCACAACAAAAAUCCAAGUCUGUUGCCCUGGAUCCAUCACAGUACAAUGCAGCACGAAUCAAACGAGGUCAACAGUUCUUUCAGGACAAUAUGGUUGCCAUUGCCAAUUCAUGGGGCAUCAUCAUUGUUGCAGGCUUUGCUGACACCGAAAUGGCUAGUGCCCUUCUUUCUACCAAGGCAACAGAUACUGCAGAGAAGGCCCAAAAGCGGUACAUACGGACUUUCCAAGACUUGUUGUACUGGCACACUCAAGACCUAUUUGACCCCAGAUCUCCAGCCGUGAGACAACUCGGGGCUGUCAAAUCAAUGCACAAUCGUGCAGCUGCUUCGAUUGUUGCCAAGGCCAACAACAAAUCAUCCAAGUGUCCCUUUUCAUCAGCAGCACGCAACCUUGUCAAAUUGACUUGUCCUCACACUAGUGGCACAAAAGGACCAUCAAACCAAGCAGAGUUCAUUCAGUCAGUCAUGGCCAGAACACAAGCUUCGUUUGUCGCCAUGGUGGUCACAAAUCCAAAGAGUUUUGGAAUUUAUGACCAGCGUGGACUGGAAGACUUUGUUUAUUUGUGGUGGGCUCUUGGAAAGGAGCUGGGAAUAGAGGACGAGUACAAUAUGUGCUCCAGCCUUGCCACUGCCAAGAAGUUUGUGGCUGACGAGUACACAACGAACACAGCUCCUGCAUUGGCAGCAUU